AUGCACACAGGGGGACCUGUGCGCGUUCGUACGACGGACGCACACAGGCGCGCGACGAAAAUAGCUACACCGAUAGCGCAAACACACCAACACACGCCUACACGCUUUGUUUAUACAUCGGGCAACCGGGGCGGGCCUACGCCGCCACCAGGGUACGUCGAGAACGUGAAAGAGAAAGGCGACGUGUUUAUGUAUCACAUGCAAAAACUGGGUCCCGGCCGCGCGGCGGCAUUUUCGAGAUCCGUGCGCGGCGAGGGUCGAGCCUCCGGAUACCGGUUCCGUCUGGCACCGAUAAACGACCCCGCGAGGGGAUCCAGAAUCCGUGGUAGCAGGACGGGCUCACCUAGAUUCAUGACGUACAUGGCCUGGGAGCGCUCGAGCCGCUGCGCGUGCUCCACGGCCUGGUACACUCCGGAAUCCACCUUAGGCACUGAAACGGACCCAAUCACAAAAUGGAAACACUGCGCGGAACGCAAACAUCUUAUGUGGACACUGGCACUGGCGACGAGCGCCGCGGCGAAGCAC